AAGUGACGUCAUGAAUGGAGUAACCCGCUUUCUUCUUGCUCUGAAAAUCUUCAAAAAUUUUUGGAUUUUUAUCAAAUAAACAGUUGUGUGCGUACACUUUAUUAGGAUAUAUAACAAUCGGAAUAUACAUGGUACAUAAUAGGAUUAUUUAGGACACUCAUUAGUCGCCAGGUGAGGCAAACUUGUCAUCUAAAUAUUCCGCAAGCAUUUUACAAACAAUACGCCAUCUUGAAAUACGAUUUUGUUCAACCCAACCAAAUCUGAGAGGUCAUCGUGACAUUAUACACCUAUAUAGGUGUAUCGUCUUGGUACAUUACAAAGAGUAUAGUGACAUAUUUCUGCUGUAUUGAUAUAAUAAUUUAGUUGCAAUUAUAUAUGUGCACACUAUUUAUAAAGUGCAACCAUUCGUUGUGUACUGAUGCAUAGCGGAAUGACCUUCACUUAGCCAGUAAAUGACCUCAGUAAUCUGCUGUUCUAAUCAAACAAUGCCGCCCCCUGAACCUCCACCACCUAUUGACCCAAGCAUCAAGGUAUCAGACAUCGAUGAUGAUUGCAGCAAUGAAAGUUCAUUAUACGAAACUGACGCCGAUGGACCUAUUGCUACCCAAACUAACGACGAUAUCAUCGCUCAAAUCAACGACGCUUGCAAUGGAUUAACCAAGAAAGACUUUAUCUCGAAAAUACUUUCAAUUCUAGACACCGAUGACAUCAUUUCAACGCGUGAUGCUCUGCAUGAUUAUGCAAGACUAAAUAAACCCAAUGAAAUCCCACAAGGAUCGCUCAUUAGGAGAUCUAAUCGAAACAAAAACAAACGCCUCGCAGAAGACAUUUACACACUUCAUAUGUUUAUUGAAAACGCAGGAAAUUUUUCCGACGUAAAAAAAUUGCUGAAACCAGUCAAAUCAACACCAUAUAGUAAAACCAGAAAUCGCAUACAGUUUGAGGAACGUAAUAACGACCAAUCACAGUCAAAUCCACAAAACGAUAUAAUACUGGCCUAUCUCCUGGAACUAAAAGUCAACCUUGCCAGCGAAACAAAUGAAAUAAAAAAAGAUUUAACGAAAGCUAUAUCAACUAGAGACACGUCCCUCAAAAAGGAUUUGGAUACAAAAACAAAUGAACUCAACAGAGUUAAAGACGAAUGUCAAAAAGUAAGAAGCGAGCUGAAAAUCGCAAACCAACUUAUAAACGAUCAACAAAAUGAAAUGAAGACACUUAAAGAAAGCAUCAAAGAUCUUAAAUCAACUGUAAUUAGGAAUAUACAACAUAUACAUACCAAACUCGACAAGAUGAGUAACAUCAACAAACAACAGAACGAGCUGGCACGUUGCAACAACGAAGCAUCUGCCGCCUCUCCUAUGCUCACAUCAGUUUGGGCUUCACCAAGUUGCGUUUCCACCACUCAUGCUCUCAACAAUCGCAAACUACCUCAAUCUCCUGCGUUCAACCCGAUCGCAUGUGUGCAACCAACGCUUCUGCUUCUCCAGGCGGAAAAAAUAGUAUGUCAUCUAGCACUUCUACAACGCAAGACAUAGUAAAACGUACACCACCACAUGUUAAUGCCGACUCUUCAAAUGUUGAGAUGAUUUUGGAGCCCAAUAUGACAACACAGGUUACAGAGAAACCAACACCACCCAGUACUUCGACAGCUAAUAGUGCUACUACUGAUUCCAGCUCCCUGCAGAAAUCACAAAUAUCUUCUGCGACUUCAUUAACCACAACAUCAUCAACUGCUACAACAAGCUUAUGUUCUUCUCCUUCAACUUGGCCAAUGGCCCAAGUGGCUGAACGUAACAAAUUAUACACAAAUCGAAUUGCCACCAGAAUAACACGUGGGCUGAAUAAAACUGCUACUAAUGACUCUCCCAAAUUACAAAAUCAUGCGAUUCAACAUCAUAACGACCAGCCACUGAGUCGUGAUGACGACGAGGAUCAUGAUUUUGUAGGCGUUGAAGCCAAGCAUCAGCGUACCAGACGGUUGCUUCUAUCACGUGUCAAAUCUAUCCCAUACACUAAAUUAAGAAAUUCAAUUGUUCGCUAUGCUUCAAAACAUGACGUUAAAGUCACACACAUGAGAGUCAUUACGUGCAGAGAAACUAACAAAGGAGAAAUCCUUUCCGCUCGUAUCAACGUUUGUGCCAGUGAUUAUAACAGGGCCUUGAGUAAGGGUUUCUGGCCCGAGAAUAUAGUAUGUAAACCUUGGGUGUCACAGAAACUUUGGGACGCCAAUAAAGAUGCAGCAAAAAAUCAUUUUUCUGAUACAAAUGAACUUCUCUGUUUACGGCUCCUGCGACAGAGGUUUGCUCGACAGUGA